UAGUGUGACGAGCGACACAGCGAACGACGAACGGGUGAACGAACGGGCGAGUGGCCAGUGUCUUGAUGACACAUGCGUCAUUGAAACUUUCUCCAGAUUCGAACUCCAGACACCGAAUUCCCGCGACGCCAUACCAUACUUUCAGAGAGAGACUACUCGACUCUGUCAUGUCUCUGGGUGUACCUCGCGGACUCACAAAACGAGUGACAAUAACCCUGAUCACAAUCCUGUUAUUAGCAGUGGCUUAUCUCCGGUUCGAUUAUGGAUACGAGCAUUGGUAUUUAUCGUCUGGGGAUAGAUUGUUAUCUAGUAUCAAAUUCUCACAAUCCCAACCGUCCACAUCACAAACGACAUCCAUCCGGGCGGAUUCGGCGAUUAUAUCCCUCGUCCGAAAUGAAGAGUUAGAAGGUAUACUUUCGUCAAUGCGGCAAUUGGAAACGUCCUGGAAUUCGAAAUAUAAUUAUCCCUGGAUCUUUUUUAAUAAUGUCCCGUUUUCGGAGGAGUUUAAGACGAGAACACAGGCUGAGACGGAGGCGGAGUGUCGAUAUGAGGUAAUACCAGAAGAGCACUGGGAUGUACCCCCUUGGAUCGAUCCAUCACAGUUAAAACAAUCAAUGCGCAAAAUGAAAAGCAAAGGAAUCAAAUACGCCGGAUUAUUGAGUUAUCAUCAAAUGUGUCGAUGGAAUUCGGGGUUCUUUUAUCGACAUCCUGCCCUGGAAGGGUAUAAAUAUUAUUGGCGUGUUGAGCCUGAUGUCAAAUUCUUUUGUGAUAUUACCUACGACCCCUUCCAAUUCAUGGCCGACAACAACAAAACCUACGGCUUCACAAUCAACAUCUUCGACGAUCCCGGCACCAUAACCACCCUCUGGCCCGAGACGCAAUCCUUCCUAAAAUCCCAUCCAGACUAUCUAGCGGCCGACAACUCGCUCACGUGGCUUACAGACCGCACAUUACGGCCCGACCACACCGACGCCGCAAACGGGUAUAGUACAUGCCACUUCUGGAGCAAUUUCGAGAUUGGGGAUCUCGAUUUCUGGCGUUCGGAAAGAUAUCAACAGUUUUUUGAGCAUUUGGAUCAGUCCGGGGGGUUUUUUUAUGAGAGGUGGGGGGAUGCGCCGGUUCAUAGUAUUGCCUUGGGAUUGUUUGAGGAUAAUGAGAGGAUUCAUUGGUUCAGGGACAUAGGCUACCAACACCCGCCGUACAUAAACUGUCCUGACACUUCGUCUUCUGCCUCUUCAGGGUCAGGAACAUGUCAACAUUGUCAACCGAAUAUCUUCACGCAUAGCUGGGGCGUAAUGAAGGAGGAUUGUCGCAUAAACUGGUUUCGGCAAAUGUGUCAAUCUCGUAGGCGGCAUGGAAGGACCAUGAGGCCGGACGAGGAAGAGAUUUGUCAGAGGUUUGAAUCAGUUUUAUAGCAUAUAUAUUAAUUAUUAUUUCUUUU